AACGUCUAGUGUGUUACUGUCAAGCCCUAAGUCAUAGAUGGUCGAUAAGGUUGAGGAAUUAGCUCUUCAAGAUUCAGAGACGCAGCAUGGCAACAAACAAAAGAAGAAACGAACUAAACUCAUAGAUUCGACACUUAAAGGACUUCCUCAAAAUGCUUCAGGCGAUGAUAAGUUUGAACAUAUGUGUCAGAAAUACUAUGAACUCUACCAAGAGCAUAAAGAGAACUCUUCAAAAAACAAACAGUUCGAACAAAAUAUGCAACAGAUACGUAUUGAACGAGAUCAGCUACAAAAUGAACGUAAUCGUUUAAUUCUACAAAAGGAUAAACUUGAAACAUUAUGUCGUGAAUUACAAAAACAAAGUAAAAUUGUUCAGGAAGAGAGUUUGUCACGUGCACGUAUGGAAGAUGAAAAACGUCGUGAAGUUUCAGAUCAUUUUCAAAAAAGUAUCACAAAUAUACAAAAUCAGUUAUGUGAAUAUCAGUCGAAAAAUAUGGAGUUACGUAAAGAGAACCAAGAAUUAGCUGAGAAAUUGGGUGAAUUUAUCAAGCAACAUGAAAAACGUGAAGAACAUGUCGAUAAGCUUAUGGAAACACGUAGUUUAGAGUUGAAAUUAUCUGAAGCAAAAUUAAACAAAGCCCAUUGUUUAUUAGAUCAAGAAAAAGCUAAAAAUCAACAGAAAAUUCUUGCAUUAGAAGAAGAAGUGAAAUAUUUGAAGAAUCGUUUAGAAAUUCAAAAAACCAUUGAAGAUAAAUUAAAAGAACAGAUUGUAUUCUAUAAAGAGAAAUAUCAAUCAUUCAAUAAAACUAUGUCAGAAAGUCGUAGAAUGUUUGAUACUGCUAAAGAAGAAAUGGAAAAGCUUGGUAAACGUAUACAAUUAAGUGAAAAUGAAGCUGUAGUAUGGCAAAGUAAAUGGGAAAUUAGUCAACGUAGCCUGUUGGAAUUAGUUGAACAACAUAAAAAAGAAUUAAAUGAAUCAGCGAAUGCUAAAAAACAAGUUGAAAAGUUGACAAGUUUAUGUAGAGCUCUGAAAGAACAAUUAAAUGAAUUAAGACAACAAAAGCAACAGAAAAAUCAACAAUUAGAACAAGAUGUGACAUCUGCUAACGAUGAUACUCGUCCUGCCAUCACUGAUGAUCAUCAUCUUCAUGAGGCGGGGAAAACCGAAGAGGUAAAAGUUGACAAUUCAAUCGAGAGCGCCAUUUUGAAUGAUCAACAACAUCAUGGUACACAUGAUAAUAAUAAUAAUAUUGAACCAUUGAACACGACGACGACUACCACUACGACUACUGUUGAUACAUUGACAAUUGAAAAGAAUCAUUCUACACAUGAUGAAUCGAAUUGUACAUUGAAUACGGUCAUUCAAUGUUCAAAUAGCAUGAAUCAAUUGAAUUUAUUAAAUGGUGGUCAUAUUAUUGAAGAUAUGAAAUCAUCAUCAUCCCCAUCUUCAUCGUCAACUUCUGAAAAAUCCAACAACCUCUGA